UCUUCUGGACUGUUGUGGCUCUAAGACCAGAUCUUGGCUCUUGUCUCCAAAGGGGGGAAAGGCAAGGAUGGUGGAGGCUUUCUGUGCUACCUGGAAGCUGACGGACAGCCAGAACUUUGAUGAGUACAUGAAGGCUCUAGGUGUGGGCUUUGCCACCAGGCAGGUGGGAAAUGUGACCAAACCAACAGUGAUCAUCAGUCAGGAAGGCGACAAAGUGGUGAUCAGGACUCAAAGCACAUUCAAGAACACAGAGAUUAGUUUCCAUCUGGGAGAAGAGUUUGAUGAAACCACCGCAGACGACAGAAACUGUAAGUCUGUUGUUAGCCUGGAUGGAGACAAACUUGUUCAUGUACAGAAAUGGGAUGGCAAAGAAACAAAUUUUGUAAGAGAAAUUAAGGACGGCAAAAUGGUUAUGACUCUUACUUUUGGUGAUGUGGUUGCUGUCCGCCACUACGAGAAGGCGUAGAGAACUUCCUGGUAUGGGGAUGGAGAGCUCUUCAGUUGUCCUGUUUACUCAAGUAUCAGCUCUAUUGUGCUGUUAUAGCACAGCUAAUCACUCAUUAGAAGGUAAUCCUAAGUGCAGAGGUGGAAAAUAGUGAUUUAAGAACUUGUUACUCCAAGUAACUAGCCCAAUUUUAAUUUGCAAAAUCAUCAUUUUAUAUUUCACUUUAAAAAUGUGUCACCUUUUUUAUAGAAAUUGAACUGAAUACAUUUUGUAAUAUUUUUGGAAUGCAAAUCAAAUUGGAAUAAAAAUCUUACAAAGGAAAUUU